AUGCGAAGAAGCGACUCGAAUGGUGUUUCAAACUCUGACACCGAGGGACCCCAAGAGUUUCCAUAUUUGGACCUGGAAGAGGUCAACCCGGAGGGCUCUGGGAAGCGUCAAAAACGUUCUGGAUUAGCCUGCGUGCGGUGUCGAAGACGCCAUGUUAAAUGCCCCGGAGGCCAUCCCUGUGCCAAAUGUGUGGCUGCUAAAGUGGCGUGUGAGUACAUCGAGCCAAACAAAAAGCUUGUGGUCUCCAUGAAAUACCUUCAAAAACUGCAAUCGGACUUGGCUGAUAUGAAACGGGAAAACGUCAAGUUACAGGCUGCUAUAGACCAGAAACAUAGUGCUGAAAUGGAUACCGCCACUUCUGAACUCAACAAGACACCGAUGGAUGUGAAAUUUCACAAAAACUCCGUGGAGAAUAACUCAGAGGACGAAGAAAUUGUGCCAAAUUUCGCAGAGCGACGUGGGCGACUUGUAGCUUCCAGAACCGGUCAACAGUAUUUUGUGGGGUCUUCUUCUAUGACUUUGUUUGGUCUCGAGAUCCAGUCCCUGAUACCCAAGAGUUUAACCAAACAGCUUGGCGACCAAGGAUUUAGUGCUCUGGAUGACAAAGCACCAAAUUCUACCGCUACUGCAGAGCCUAUUGAUGAAGUCUUGCAAGAAGAGGGCAACGCGUACAAAAUCGUUCUGUCCAAAAACGAUGGCGAUGAUGACGUUAGUGUCAAUUUUACCCUUCCAUCGUACUCAUAUGCAGUUUUACUGAUUGAUACUUUCAUUACUUACAAUGAUGGCUGUUUUUACUUCUUUAACGAGGGACUUGUGAAGGAUGAGAUGAAAAACAUCUAUGAUGAAACAACAAGCUUUAACGAUAACACCUUGCAGACAAUUUGGUUUUGUAAGGUCCUGUUGAUUUUCGCCACAGGUGAAAUGUACCUCGGUAUCUCCAACAAUGCAAACGGUACUAAGGCUACUUCGAAGGAUAGCACCAGGUUGCCGGGUUCUGGAUUCUUCGAACAGGCUUCAAAGAUAUUCAGCUGUCUUUUCUCUAGUGGGCGCGUCGAAAAUGUCACGAAACAAGGUGGUCUCGAGGUUAUGUUACUCUACGCGUUCUAUUUGCAGGUCGCAGACUGUACGGUAGCUUCUUACUUUUACUUCGGACAGGCCCUGCGCGCUUGUCUCAUUAUGGGCUGGCAUGUCGAUGCACAACGGGACACCAUAAGUCGCUUCGACUUGGAACAUAGGCGUCGUUUGUGGUGGACUGUAUACAUGUUUGACAGAAUGCUCAGUAGCAAGGCUGGCCUUCCACUAAGCUUUGCGGAUGAAAGCAUCACCACUGAGUUACCAGGAGACUUCAACAUGUCGAACCCACCAGCAAAAUGUGAGCAUUAUAUCUUUCCCGAAGCAGAGUAUAUCACUAACUGCGUCAAGAUCACACAGAUUAAUGCCCAAAUUCUUAAUAAACUGUAUCAGAGACUUCCAACCUCUAAUAUCCUGCCUACUUUGAGGGAGAUUGUUAUGCAACUCUUGGAUUGGCGAAAAGCACUCUCCAGCUUUCUUCAAGUGGAUUUUACACAGAAGGACUUGAAAAUUUCUAGGCUGCGCACCAACGUAUUCACAGAGUAUUUCCAGGGAAUGAACCUAGCUAUUCGACCACUGCUAUUUCACUUUGCCUCGCUGAAGUUUGAAAAUUGGCGCGAUACUAACACCUACAUCAAUCUGCAAAACUACUCAAAGACCAUUUCCUCACUUUUGAAUUGCUCUUUGCAAGCUUCAAUCAACACGAUAAGAUCUCUCUGGUACCUGAAGCAUCAAAACAUGGUAGCCCUGUUUGGUUAUAUGGACCGUGAGUACCUAUUCACAUCCGCGUGCACCCUUCUACUUUUUAAUGCAGCCUUCGGUAUCUACGAACAAACUGCUGAGCAUCUUGAUCAUGCGUUGUUGAUCUUCACUAAGAUGCGGAACUUGGGGAACAAUCCAGCAGGUCUGCGGCGAGCGCAAAUACUGAAGCUGAUGUGCAACUUAGAUUUUCAACACGCAAUGAAGGAGCUAAUAGCGAAACAUUGCGAUGAUUUGAAACCUGAUGUCCAGUACGAAAAUCAGAACUAUAAAGAGACGAGCAUUAUAUCAAUACCUAUCACCAAAUUACCGACUGCACGCCCACUGACCUCUGACCAGACAGAGAAUAAUGCUGAUAUAGCCACGGCAGAGGCGGGGGCUCAAAUCAUCGAGAACAACACCAGCACAUUCGAACCUCUGUCAUUAGAAUCCACCGGCGAGAUUCAGAAAUUCCUAGAUGGUUUGGAUAAGAUCGGAGCGUUUGAAAAUGAGUUAUGGACCGAAAUUUCUAAUAGGGCAAUGUGGCUAGGAAAUGCCGUGAAUUCGGCCGGAUCCAUGGAUGAGGAAAACAUUUUCAGCGACUUUCAUAUCUCCAACUUCAGUGGCGAAGGUUCUUGA